UAGAAAGAAAGAAUCUUUGAAAUGGAAAGAAAUCCCAUUUGAGGGAAAUCAGGUCAAAGUUCAAAAUGGGUGUUGGGUAUUCGUCUAUAUGCACUCCUCUCUCUUCCCUCUCCGCGACCACAAGCGCCUAUUGCUCUUGUUCCCCUCGCAAAUCAAAAUCAGACACGACACUAUGUAAUUUCAAUUCCUUCAGUGAGCUCUACCAAUCACAUCUCCAACUACCCACAAAAUUAUUUAUUGCCCGACGACGACACUCGCUCCCUUUAAAGGUUGUGCCUCUGAAGUGUGGGGCAGUGAGGAAGAUGGAGAUCCAAGACGGAAUUGCCGUAGAACCCAUCUCCGAUUUACACUCUAUUGAUCCAGAGUUGGUGGAAAAGAUGGCUUAUGAUGCUCUUGUUUGGAGUUCUCUCCACGGCCUUGUUGUUGGUGACAGAAGUGUUGAGAGAUCUGGCAGAAUACCUGGGCUGGGCAUGGUGCAUGCCCCAUUUGCCUUGUUGCCCACAGCAUUCCCAGAAAGUCACUGGAAGCAGGCAUGUGAGGUUGCUCCCAUUUUCAAUGAACUUGUCGAUCGUGUGAGUUUGGAAUCUCAAUUUCUUCAGGAGGCAUUGUCGAGAACCAAGAAAGUGGAUGCUUUUACCUCCAAACUUUUAGAUAUUCACUCUAAGAUGCUAGAAAUGAACAAGAAAGAGGAGAUACGCUUGGGUUUACACCGGUCAGAUUAUAUGCUUGAUGAACAAACUAAAUUACUCCUCCAAAUAGAGCUAAACACAAUUUCAUGUUCAUUUCCUGGCCUCGGUUGUCUUGUCAGUGAUCUACACAGGAACUUGCUUAAGCACUAUGGGGAAUAUCUUGGAUUACACUCCAAAAGGAUUCCUUCAAAUGCUGCUGCCAGUCAGUUUGCAGAUGCGCUUUUUAAAGCUUGGGUUCAGUAUGACAAUCCCAGGGCUGUGGUUAUGAUUGUGGUUCAGGGUGAUGAGCGAAACAUGUAUGACCAACAUUGGCUUUGUGCUUCAUUGAAGGAAAAACAUAAUGUUUCAACCAUUCGGAAAACAUUGGCAGAAAUUGACGAAGAAGGGAAGCUUCAACCUGAUGGAACACUUCUUGUAGGCAGCCAAGCAAUUGCAGUUGUCUAUUUUAGAGCUGGAUAUGGACCGGUUGAUUAUCCUUCAGAAUCAGAAUGGAGAGCUAGGCUACUUGUGGAACAGUCAUCUGCUGUCAAGUGCCCAUCAAUUUCUUAUCAAUUAGUAGGCACCAAGAAAAUUCAACAAGAACUCGCAAAGCCUAAUGUGCUUGAGAGGUUUCUAGAUAGUAAAGAGGACAUUGCCAAGCUGCGAAAAUGCUUUGCUGGAUUGUGGAGUUUGGACGAUAAAGAUGUAGUUGGAAAAGCCAUAGAAGAGCCUGGGUUAUUUGUAAUGAAGCCUCAAAGAGAAGGGGGAGGAAACAACAUCUAUGGCGAUGACAUCAGGGAAACCCUUCUAAGGUUGCAAAAGGAAGGGACUGAAGAAGAUGCUGCUUACAUCCUUAUGCAGAGAAUUUUCCCUAUCGUUUCCCCCACAUAUUUAAUGCGUGAUGGCAUUUGUCAUAAGGAUUGUGCCAUAUCAGAACUUGGUAUAUAUGGAGCUUACUUAAGGAACAAGGAGAAGAUUAUCAUGAAUGACCAAUGUGGUUACUUAUUGCGAACAAAGGUAUCUUCAUCGGAUGAAGGAGGGGUUGCUGCUGGAUUUGCAGUCUUGGACAGCAUAUAUUUAACUUGAGGGAGCAUACUUCAAAUUGCUUCCCCAUUGGGUUCACCUGGAUUUCACUGUUUCUGAGAUCUUGUUGUCAACUUUAGAUUUUUUUUGCUUUCCUUUGGGUUCUCCAACAAAAGAGAAAAUUGUAUGGGAUUUUCUCUUUCUAUACCUUGUCUUUGACCCCAGUCCAAUUGUAAUGGAGCACUUCAAGCUGCCAUUAUGCCUAUGAGAAGGCUUGUCAAAUGUGAACACAUAAACAAGUAACAGUAAUAAUUUUCUCUCUUUUCAAGGAAUAAGAGCUGAUUGAUAUCAAAA